UUAAUUUCAUUCACUUCCCACAAAACCCUUCUUUUCCUUCCUUUUUCUUUUUCACACUCUUAGCUUUGCUUAAAGCAGCUCAUGAUAGAUAUACACACACAUAUACAUACAUGGCUCAUAUCAGAACCAGUUUUAUUAACACAGAUUCAAUCGUCUCUUCUCUUCUUCACUGAGAAAGAUAGAGAAAGAAAAAGAAAAGCAGAGAAAGAAAAGGGGAGGCUUAGCUUCUACCUUGAACUACAAGUCUCUUUCUUUGAAGAUGUUUGAUUCUCUAAAUCUACACACGCUUGAAGUUUCUCAGAUUCCCUUCCCUUUCCGUCAUUUUCCCGGAAAACCCAUUAUCCUCACAGCCCUUAAAAUCCGUGUACUCUUCUUUGGCUUCUUCCAAACUCAACUUCCAUGAAAAUUUUCCAGGAAAAUAUGCCACUUUCCAUUGUUCUCACACUCUUCUUUCUUGUGGGUACCUCUGUUUCAACUUCUAUCAUUAGUGACUACCAUGCCUUAAUUUCUCUAAAACAAGGGUUCGAUUUCGCUGAACCGGUCUUAACCACUUGGAAUUCUUCGAAUCCAACUUCGGUUUGUUCAUGGGUUGGAAUCAAAUGCUUCAGGGGAAGAGUUUUUUCGCUAGAUUUAUCCAAUAUGAAUCUUUAUGGCUCUGUUUCCUCUGUUUCUCCUGUUCUCUCAAGCCUCGAUAAGCUAACCGAGCUUUCUCUUGCUGGAAACAACUUCACCGGCCAAAUCAAGAUUGCAAAUUUGAGUAAUCUUCAAGCACUAAACAUAUCGAACAAUCAAUUUGAUGGCAGCUUGGAUUGGGACUACCCAAGCCUGGUGAACUUGGAGAUGUUUGAUGCUUAUAAUAAUAAUUUCACCGCCCCGCUUCCUCCUGGGAUUUUGAGUUUGAAGAAAAUUAAGUACUUGGAUUUGGGAGGAAACUAUUUCUAUGGCGAAAUCCCAGGAAGUUAUGGGAAUCUGGUCGGGUUGGAGUAUCUGUCUCUGGCUGGAAAUGAUCUGAGUGGGAAAAUACCCGGCGAGUUGGGCAACCUCACUAACUUGAAGCAAAUUGAGUUGGGCUAUUUCAAUGUAUUUGAAGGUGGAAUACCAAGUGAGUUUGGCAAGUUGGUGAAUCUAAUUCACAUGGAUCUCUCAAAUUGCAGAUUGGACGGUUCAAUUCCUCGCGAGUUGGGGAAUUUGAAGUCCCUCGACACACUCUAUUUGCACACAAAUUUGCUCUCAGGUCCAAUCCCAAAACAGCUUGGCAACCUCACAAACCUAGUCAAUCUUGAUCUCUCCAACAAUGCAAUAGUUGGGGAAGUCCCAUUUGAGCUUGUCAACCUCAAACAUCUCAAACUCUUAAACCUAUUCAUGAAUCGAUUGCACGGGUCUAUACCAGACUUUGUAGCUGAGUUGCCUGAAUUGGAGAUUCUCCAACUAUGGAUGAACAACUUCACCGGUGUAAUCCCCCAGUAUCUUGGCCAAAAUGGGAAGCUUCAAGGCCUCGAUUUGUCGUCCAACAAGCUCACCGGUACUAUCCCUCCAAACUUAUGCACCUCGGGGCAACUUAGGAUACUAAUUCUCCUAAAAAACUUUCUCUUCGGGUCAAUACCGGAGAGCUUGGGGACAUGUUUGAGCCUUGUUAGGGUCAGAUUAGGGCAAAACUAUUUGAAUGGUAGUGUCCCAAAUGGGUUCAUUUACUUGCCUCAACUAAAUUUAGUUGAGUUGCAAGACAACUACUUGUCAGGGACUUUAUCUGAGAAUGGAAAUAGUACUACAAAUUCUAAUAAACCCGCGAAAUUAGGGCAAAUGAACUUGUCAAACAAUCUCCUUUCCGGGUCUUUACCAUUCUCCCUCUCGAAUUUCACUUCCCUCCAAAUCCUCCUCCUCGGGGGAAACAAAUUCUCCGGUCAAAUCCCGCCUUCUAUAGGCCAACUCCACCAAGUACUAAAGCUCGACUUCCGAGGAAACUCGCUUUCCGGAGAAAUCCCACCGGAGAUCGGAGAUUGUUACCAUCUCACCUACUUGGAUUUGAGCAAAAACAACCUCUCCGGGGCAAUCCCACUGGAGAUCUCCAAUAUCCGAAUCCUGAACUACUUAAACUUAUCAAGAAACCAUUUCAAUGACACCAUACCCAAAUCACUUGGAUCCAUGAAAAGCCUCACAACAGCUGAUUUCUCCUUCAAUGAUCUCUCCGGGAAGGUCCCGGAAUCAGGCCAAUUCGCCUUCUUCAAUGCCACCUCUUUCGCGGGAAAUCCUCAGCUAUGUGGAUCGCUUUUGAACAAUCCUUGCAAUGUCAGCGCCGCCACAAAGUCGCCCGAGAAGACGGGGUCGGGCGAGUUCAAGCUGAUAUUUGCACUUGGGAUGUUGGUUUGUUCCUUGGUUUUCGCUGCGGCGGCGAUAUUAAAGGCCAAGUCAUUCAAAAAGAGUGGCGGCAGUGGUGGUGGUGGUUCAGGUUCUUGGAAGAUGACGGCAUUCCAGAAGGUGGAGUUCACCGUGGCAGAGGUGGUGGAGUGCAUGAAAGAUGGGAAUGUGAUUGGAAGAGGUGGUGCUGGGAUUGUGUACCAUGGCAAAAUGGCUAAUGGAACUGAAAUUGCUGUGAAAAAGCUUCUUGGGUUUGGCAGCAACAGCCAUGACCAUGGAUUCAAAGCCGAGAUCCGAACUCUAGGCAACAUCAGGCACCGGAACAUCGUGAGGCUCCUAGCAUUCUGCUCGAACAAGGAGACGAACGUGCUCGUAUAUGAGUACAUGCGCAAUGGGAGUUUGGGAGAGGCCUUGCACGGCAAGAAAGGCAGCUUUCUGAGUUGGAAUUUGAGGUACAAAAUUGCGGUGGAAGCAGCCAAAGGCCUCUGCUAUCUCCACCACGACUGCUCGCCUUUGAUAGUCCACCGCGACGUCAAGUCUAACAACAUACUGUUGAAUUCGAGCUUUGAGGCUCAUGUCGCUGACUUUGGAUUGGCCAAGUUUUUGGGAGAUGGUGGCGCUUCCCAGUGCAUGUCGGCGAUUGCAGGGUCUUACGGCUAUAUUGCACCUGAAUAUGCAUACACCUUAAGGGUAGAUGAGAAGAGCGAUGUGUACAGCUUUGGGGUCGUCCUCCUAGAACUUGUCACUGGUCGUCGGCCAGUGGGUGACUUUGGAGAUGGGGUAGACAUUGUGCAGUGGACAAAGAAAGCCACUGGCUGUCAGAAAGAAGAAAUCAUCCGCAUCAUUGAUCCGAGGCUCACCACAGUCCCUCAAGAGGAAGCCAUGCAUCUGUUCUUCAUUGCCAUGCUUUGCAUCCAAGAAAACAGCGUUGAGCGCCCAACAAUGAGGGAGGUUGUUCAAAUGCUGUCUGAACUCCAUCGCCACUCCCCCGACCUUCAGUCUUCAUCUUCUUCUUCUUCUUCAUUCCUCUUUCAACCGAUGACGAUGACGAAGAACUCUGAAAAAGAGAAAAAUCAAUUGCCAAAAGCUCUCAAAUGAUCUUCUCCUUGUUUUAAGGAACUUGAGUUUUAGGGUUCUUGUUUUCCAGAAAAUUAUCAUAUCUGUCACCAGAUGAAUUUUAUCAUGUGUUUUGUCUCUUGCAUAGAAACAUAAAACAAACGUUAUAUGUAUAUGUAGUACUCAUUAUAUGAUGAGUUUUUACAUGUACACAUGACAUUUGUUAUGUAAAUCUAUAUAGGAGAUGAAACACAAUGAAAUUUAAUCUGGUAAUACAUAGUGGCGCCUCUUUUCGUGGUAACUUAGGAUGGCUUGAUAAUUUUGUUAUGGCUUUGUGAAGUGCAAAGUUUUAUUUUUUCAUUUUUUUUUUUUUUUUUUUUUUUUUUUUUUUUUGGUUUUAUAGUUUGUUCUCACUUAGGUGUAGACAUAGGAGAUAUGGUGUUCAAUAGAAGUAGAAAUAAUUAAUGGGAUGCACUUCAUUUUAAGGGGGUGUCCUUGGGGAGAGAGAGAGCUUGCAAUCUUAAGGAAGCCAUGCAUGCUCUUUGUUUUAUACUAUAUACAUAUUGUAUUUGGUUGCUUUAAUUAAAUCAUGACACCUUUUUUUUAAAU